AUGGUUUCGUUAAUUGACACAAUCGAAGCAGCGGCCGAGAAACAGAAGCAGUCCCAAGCGGUGGCCACCAACUCCUCCGCCUCCUCCUCCUCCUGCUCCUCUUCGUUCUCGGCCUCCCCACCAUCUUCGUCCGUUGGCUCCCCAUCUCCUGGCGCCCCAAAAACCAAUCUCACGGCCGGCGGCAAACCAAAGGAGAAACGAAGGAACAAUGAAAAACGCAAGGAAAAGUCUCGCGAUGCGGCCAGAUGUCGUCGCUCCAAGGAGACGGAGAUAUUCAUGGAACUCUCGGCUGCUUUGCCAUUGAAAACCGACGAUGUCAACCAACUGGACAAGGCCUCCGUGAUGAGGAUCACCAUCGCUUUCCUCAAGAUUCGCGAGAUGUUGCAGUUCGUGCCCAGCUUGCGCGACUGCAAUGAUGCCAUUAAGCAGGACAUUGAAACUGCAGAGGAUCAGCAGGAAGUCAAGCCCAAGCUGGAAAUGGGCAGUGAGGAUUGGCUAAACGGAGCUGAGGCCAGAGAGCUCCUCAAACAGACCAUGGACGGAUUCCUGCUGGUCUUGUCCCACGAGGGAGACAUCACCUACGUGUCCGAAAACGUAGUCGAGUAUCUGGGCAUCACCAAGAUUGACACUCUUGGCCAGCAGAUCUGGGAGUACUCGCACCAGUGCGAUCACGCCGAGAUCAAGGAGGCUCUCAGCCUGAAGCGUGAACUUGCCCAGAAGGUCAAGGAUGAGCCGCAGCAGAACUCUGGAGUGAGCACCCAUCACCGGGAUCUGUUUGUGCGCUUGAAGUGCACCUUGACCAGUCGUGGACGAAGCAUCAACAUCAAGAGCGCUUCGUAUAAGGUCAUUCACAUCACGGGACACUUGGUGGUCAAUGCCAAGGGCGAGCGUCUGCUGAUGGCCAUUGGCCGACCCAUUCCGCAUCCGUCGAACAUUGAGAUUCCGUUGGGAACCAGCACCUUCCUUACCAAACACUCCCUGGAUAUGCGUUUCACCUAUGUGGAUGACAAGAUGCAUGACUUACUGGGAUAUUUGCCCAAGGAUCUACUUGACACCUCUUUGUUUUCGUGCCAGCAUGGAGCAGAUUCCGAACGCCUUAUGGCCACCUUCAAGAGCGUGCUGAGCAAGGGACAGGGCGAGACGUCCCGCUACAGAUUCCUGGGAAAGUACGGUGGCUACUGCUGGAUUCUUAGCCAGGCCACGAUCGUCUACGACAAGCUAAAGCCGCAGAGCGUCGUUUGCGUUAACUACGUCAUAAGUAAUCUUGAGAAUAAACAUGAGAUAUACUCACUUGCUCAACAAACUGCGGCAAGUGAGCAAAAGGAACAACACCACCAAGCAGCUGAAACCGAGAAGGAGCCCGAAAAAGCAGCCGAUCCCGAAAUAAUCCUUCAGGAAACCAAGGAAACAGCGAACACACCUAUUCCCUCAGAGCUGCAAGCUAAGCCUCUGCAAAUUGAGAGCGAGAAAGCAGAGAAAACCAUCGAGGAAACCAAAACAACUGCAACAAUCCCACCAGUAACUGCAACCUCAACGGCUGACCAGAUAAAGCAGCUGCCCGAGAGCAAUCCGUACAAGCAGAUCCUCCAGGCGGAGUUGCUCAUCAAGCGGGAGAACCACUCGCCAGGACCGCGCACCAUCACUGCCCAGCUGCUCAGCGGCAGUAGCAGCGGACUGCGUCCCGAGGAGAAGCGUCCCAAGUCGGUGACCGCUUCGGUCCUCCGCCCGAGUCCCGCUCCACCCCUAACACCACCGCCCACAGCGGUCCUCUGCAAGAAGACUCCGCUCGGCGUGGAGCCCACUCUGCCGCCCACCACCACCGCCACGGCAGCCAUAAUCUCCUCGAGCAAUCAGCAGCUGCAGAUCGCACAGCAAACCCAACUGCAGAAUCCCCAGCAACCAGCUCAAGAUAUGAGUAAAGGAUUCUGCUCGCUGUUUGCCGACGAUGGACGAGGUCUGACAAUGCUUAAGGAAGAACCUGACGAUUUGUCCCACCACCUGGCCUCCACCAAUUGCAUCCAGCUGGACGAGAUGACUCCCUUCAGUGACAUGUUGGUUGGCCUCAUGGGCACCUGCCUGCUGCCCGAGGACAUAAAUUCCCUGGACUCGACCACAUGCUCCACGACGGCCAGCGGCCAGCACUACCAGAGCCCCAGCAGCAGCAGCACCUCUGCACCCAGCAAUACCAGUAGCAACAACAAUAGCUACGCCAACAGUCCGCUCAGCCCGCUCACACCCACUCCCACGGCAACCGCUAGCAAUCCCAGUCAUCAGCAGCAGCAACAGCAACAUCACAACCAGCAGCAGCAGCAGCAACAACAGCAGCAGCAUCAUCCCCAGCACCACGACAACAGCAACAGCAGCAGCAACAUCGAUCCGCUGUUCAACUAUCGCGAGGAGUCGAAUGACACAAGCUGCUCGCAGCACCUGCAUUCGCCCAGCAUCACAUCAAAGAGUCCCGAGGACAGCAGCCUCCCAUCGUUGUGCAGUCCCAAUUCACUAACACAGGAGGAUGACUUCUCUUUCGAGGCCUUUGCCAUGCGUGCUCCCUACAUCCCGAUCGAUGAUGAUAUGCCCCUGCUAACGGAGACGGAUCUCAUGUGGUGCCCACCAGAGGAUCUGCAGACCAUGGUGCCCAAGGAGAUCGACGCCAUACAGCAGCAGUUGCAACAGCUGCAGCAGCAACAUCACCAGCAAUACGCCGGCAACACUGGCUACCAGCAACAGCAGCAGCAGCCGCAACUCCAGCAGCAGCAUUUCUCCAACUCCCUGUGCUCCUCGCCAGCUUCAACGGUCUCCUCAUUGUCGCCAUCGCCCGUGCAACAGCAUCAUCAGCAGCAACAGGCAGCGGUCUUCACCAGCGAUUCCAGCGAGCUGGCGGCAUUGCUGUGCGGAUCCGGAAAUGGAACUCUGUCGAUCCUGGCGGGAAGUGGUGUUACGGUUGCGGAGGAGUGCAACGAGCGGCUGCAGCAACAUCAGCAGCAGCAACAGCAGAGUGGCAACGAGUUCAGGACUUUCCAGCAGCUGCAGCAGGAGUUGCAGUUGCAGGAGGAACAGCAGCAGCGUCAGCAGCAGCAACAACAACAGCAACAGCAGCAGCAGCAACAGCAGUUACUCAGCCUAAACAUCGAGUGCAAAAAAGAGAAAUACGAUGUGCAAAUGGGAGGCAGCUUAUGUCAUCCCAUGGAAGAUGCAUUUGAGAAUGACUACAGCAAGGACUCCGCUAAUCUGGACUGCUGGGACCUGAUUCAAAUGCAAGUGGUGGACACGGAACCCGUGAGUCCCAAUGCCGCAUCUCCCGCUCCCUGCAAGGUGUCUGCCAUCCAGAUGCUCCAGCAACAGCAGCAGCUGCAGCAGCAGAACAUCAUUUUGAAUGCAGUGCCAUUGAUUACCAUACAGAAUAACAAGGAAUUGAUUCAACAGCAGCAACAGCAGCAGCAGGAGCAGCUGCAGCAGCCGGCUAUAAAACUGCUGAAUGGAACCAGCAUUGCGCCGGUGACCACCAAGGCCACCAUACGUCUGGUGGAGAGCAAGCCGCCCACCACGACGCAGCCGCGAGUGGCGAAGGUGAACCUUGUGCCCCAGCAGCAGCAGCAACAUGGAAACAAGCGCCACCUGAACAGCGCGACAGGAGCGGGCAAUCCCGUGGAGUCCAAGCGCCUGAAGAGCGGAACCCUAUGCCUGGAUGUGCAGUCCCCUCAGCUCCUGCAGCAGCUGAUUGGCAAGGAUCCUGCCCAGCAGCAAACCCAAGCAGCCAAGCGAGCAGGCAGUGAGCGCUGGCAACAGUCGGCGGAGAGCAAGCAGCAGAAGCAGCAGCAACAGCAGUCCAACUCGGUACUGAAGAACCUGCUGGUCAGCGGACGCGAUGAUGACGAUUCCGAAGCAAUGAUAAUCGAUGAGGACAACUCCCUGGAGCAGCCAACUCCACUGGGCAAAUAUGGUUUGCCCCUGCACUGUCACACCUCCACGUCUUCGGUGCUGCGGGACUAUCACCACAACCCGCUGAUCAGUGGCACCAACUUCCAGCUGUCUCCAGUCUUCGGAGGCUCCGAUUCCAGUAGAGGUGACGGCGAGACCGGGUCAGUGCUUUCCCUUGAUGACUCGGUGCCCCCCGGCUUGACAGCCUGCGACACGGAUGCCUCCAGCGACAGUGGCAUCGAUGAGAACAGCCUGGUGGAUGGGUCAUCGGGGUCACCGCGUAAGAGGCUGACCUCAAGCUCCACUAGCACUAAUCAGGCUGAGUCUGCACCACCGGCUUUGGACGUGGAGACUCCAGUGACCCAGAAGUCGGUAGAGGAGGAGCUCGAAGGAUGCGGAAGCGGCAGUAACGCCCCCAGCAGGAAGACCUCCAUUUCCUUCCUGGACAGCAGCAAUCCUCUGCUGCACACGCCGGCGAUGAUGGACCUGGUCAACGACGACUACAUCAUGGGCGAGGGUGGCUUCGAGUUCAGCGACAACCAGUUGGAGCAGGUCCUGGGUUGGCCAGAAAUCGCCUAGAUUCAGUACCUUAGCAUGCACUGCAUUUGAUAUGAGGCAUUUUUGGCGUAGGACGAGAGAAAACAUUGAAAUUAAACUGAGCAUCGAGAAGGAAGCUAACCAAAAGAUUGAUUUUGAGCCUUGCGUGAAAGUAGGACCCUGCACAACCAACUUGACAACAACCUGACAGGACCCAUCCCCACCAACCAUUUCCCCCUGACGAUGAUCCAACACUUGACCCCUGACCCUGACCCUGGCCCCGACCCCAUGCUAACCGACACAUUUACAAACAGGAAGGGUUAAUCACACUUGAAUAGUUUUGUAGCCAUGUUAACU